GUGUGUGGUGGGGGGCGGAACCAGACAACCCAAACAGACUCCAGUGUGAGUGCCAGCACAACACCUGCGGUGAGUCAUGUGACCACUGCUGCCCAGGCUUUAACCAAAAGCCAUGGCGUGCUGCAACUGUUGACAGCCCCAAUGAGUGUCAUCCCUGCCAGUGUUUCUCCCAUGCCUUUGACUGUUAUUACGACCCAGAGGUAGAAAAGAGGGGAGCAAGUUUGGACACCUUCGGCAGGUACGAUGGAGGAGGAGUGUGUAUCAACUGCCAGCACAACACUGCUGGAGUGAACUGUGAGCGAUGCCUUGAAGGUUUCUAUAGACCAUAUGGAGUACCUCCUGAGUCUCCCACUGGAUGCAUACCCUGCAGAUGUGAUGAAAGGACUACAGUUGGCUGUGAAAUGGGCUCUGGAAGGUGUAUCUGCAACCCACAAUUUGCCGGAGAAAACUGUGAUCGCUGUGCUGACGGAUACUAUUACUACCCUCAGUGCAUUCGUAAGUUUAGUUUUUUCUUGUCACACACUGGAUACCCAGUUUACCUAACGGGGGGGUGGAUAAACAUAAAG